GACAAUAGUACUUCAAAAUGAUCAAAACAAAUGGCCCCUGUCAGUUAACAAGUGUAGUUAGACCUUUUUUAGUAAACAUACUUAAUUCUGUUUUUGCAAUAAUAACAAUAAAUAAAGUAUGAUCUGAUGCGUUGUGCUCUGUAUAAGGAAAUAAAGGGGGAAAUUAAAAGCAAUGGUGAGCGAGGAGUUUAUCAAGAAGGAAUACCCUCUUCAUUGGCUCGUAUGGAAAAAUGAGUUUAAACUGUUGGAAAAAGCACUUAAAGAAAAUAAGAGCGAUAAGGAAAAGGCUGAUAACAGAGGCAGAACCCCUUUAAUGUUAGCUGUUACUUUGGGGCACCUGGAAUCCACUAGGUCUCUGCUUAAUCAUGAAGCAAAUGUUAAUUGCGAAAACAAGAAUGGUUGGAACGUUGUUCAAGAAGCAGUUGCAACUGGAGAUCCUGAAUUAUUGCACAUUGUGCUUGAACGGCGUGAUCUGCAAAGAUAUACAAGUCGUAUGGCAGGAAUCCCUGAUCUGCUACACAAGUUGAAGGAAGCCCCUGAUUUUUAUGUGGAAAUGAAAUGGGAGUUUACCAGCUGGGUACCGUUAGUGUCUCGAAUGUGCCCCAGCGAUACCUAUAAAGUGUACAAGCAAGGCUCUAACGUUCGAAUAGAUACCACGCUCUUGGGUUUUGAUCAUACAAGUUGGCAGCGAGGAAAUAGAAGUUAUGUAUUUCAGGACCAAAAUGGUAGCGCUACAGUGAUGGAAAUAGACCAUGAUUUACGACAAGUUUAUUGUGAAGAGAUGCGAAGUAGCGAUGAUACCUUAGGAGUUUUAAUGCCAAACGAAGAGACCGUAUCACAUCGUCUUACCAAUCCUAUAGUUACUACUUAUGUAGAUACCGAAAAAAUUAGUUUCGAAAGGAACAAAGCGGGCAUUUGGGGCUGGCGGUCCGACAAAAAUGAAGGAGUGAACGGAUAUGACUGUAAAGUAUUUGGUGCUUCAAACGUAGAAUUAGUGACCAAAACCAGAUCUGAACAUUUGACUGAACAUGAUAAAGCACGAAGUAAAAACCUCAGAACUCCACUGCAGAGCUUUUUGGGUAUUGCCGAAGUGGGAUCAUCGCAAAGUAGUUCCGAGAUUCCCAAAGAAGAGUACACAAAUAACACAAACCCUUGCAAUAUACUACCUGAAGAGUACUUCGAUCCUCAAGUUGACUUGGGAGACCGCGACAUAGGUCGACCUAAGGAAGUUAAUGUGAAAGUUCAGAAGUUUAAGGCUAAUUUAUGGCUUUGCGAAGACUAUCCUUUAUCGCUUCCCGAACAGAUACUGCCGAUCGUAGAUUUAAUGGCCAUAUCCAGUUCUCAUUUUGCUAAAUUAAAAGACUUUAUUCAGAUGCAACUUCCUAGCGGAUUUCCAGUUAAAAUCGAAAUUCCUCUUUUCCACGUGCUAAAUGCUAGAAUAACUUUUGGCAAUAUUUUCGCAUUAGACAGCCCUGUCCCCAAAGUUUCCACCCUGGAGGAAGACGACCGGCUUACAUGUGUCCUCGACGAGACAUUAUUCCAGUGUCCGCCGACUUACAUCCAGAUUGGUAAUGCUGCAAGCGAUGGGCGACGACAAUUUAACAGUGAAGAAGAAGAUGAUCUUUUACAAUUUGCAAUUCAACAGAGUUUGGUUGAAUCGGGCACUGAGAAGGAAGAGGUGGACAUUUGGGAAGCACUAAGAGGACACAAGCCUUCCAGACCCGAAACUCCCGUCAACGUAGAAGAAAGGGAGCUUCAAAGAGCAAUAGAAGCCAGUCUAGAACAGUACCAAGGACCCCCAUCCGACGCUCAAAAUAGUCCCAGUUCAGAUUUGGACUACGAUCUUCAAAUGGCCCUGAUGGUUUCCAGAAAAGAGCGAGAAAAAGAGGAGCAGAACAGGAUAGACGAAGAAAAAAUGCUGGAACAAGCUUUGCAAUUAUCAUUGACCGAAAAGUAGUGAAAUUUACUUAGCUUCUUCAAUUUGGCUUCACAAUUUAGCAACUCUUAUUAUAUUCUAACCAGUCAGCGGUACACUUUAUAUAUUAUUAAAGCUCGUUCACACGGUGACAUUAAUGUCGUGACGUGAAUUCCACAACAAUGUCAGUGUCUGAACAUCCGAUUGUCACAUCCUGUGUCGGGACGUUAAUGUCACAUAUAAAAAAUGUUUGAUAUUCGCAAGUUCAACUACCGAUGGGGGCGCUGCGAAUCGUCAAAUUACUCGUUGUCGAGUCACAGUUGAGACUUGUUUAUUUAUUGGAGUUGAUGAUUAUAAAAGCGGGCAAAAGUUGAUUAGAACAAAACAAAUCACAAUCAGAUGUCAGAACACCAAUGUCAAGUGUCAAAUUACUACUUAAGUUGUAGUUUAAAUUUUAGCCACCAGGGGCGUUUGGACUUUUGAACUCGCGAAUACGGCACCGCGACAUCGUGACACUCAUAUAAGUCUUGUUCUAUGGUGACGCUGUCGAUGUUUCGGCGACAUUUCUUCAAGGUUAUCAAUCCUUGGCGCGAUAUUUUCAUUUCGUUUGGUUUUAAAUCAUGUUCCCUUUUGAUUUCAUUAUAUUUCUGGAAUAUCUCAUCAUACUAUGGGAUAAAUCAAUUGCCGAUUAUAAAGAUAGACAAAAACGUUCACUUAGUAGAGUUUCUGAUGCCCCUAGUUUGUUUCUACGCAUAAUCCACUGUCUUAUCCAUACUUGUUUUUUGAAUUUUUGCCUCAAUUUCAAAAUAAUUACUUCUUUUAACAAAUCCGCUACUGCAGACUGAAGUUCCGCCAUUUUGCCAAGAGUCUGUCGCGACACAAUGUGUUGAGAGUGAAUAGCUAGUGUGAAAGCUGUCACGGAAUUUGAUGUCACCGUCUGAACAAGCCUUAACUAACACCACUUGUUGAUUGGUUGACAGUCAUUCUUGUGAAAUUUCGUAAAAUUGGUUAGCAAGAAAAAUACUUUACUAAAUGAGUGAUCAAACUCAGCAUGGAAGCAACUGGGAAAUUUAUUCGUUACUGGUAAAACAUUUUACUUGUUACAUCUUAAUGGAAUUGACUUCGUUGUUUUGAAUUUAAAAAAAUUUCAAAACUUAUAAAUGGAAUGAACCCAUGUACUAAUUGUUUAUAGGUACAAAAGAUAUAAUUUUACUUCCUUAAAAUAUUGCGAAUAUAUUCAAGAAAAAUUUAUGAAAAACAAAAAAAUUUUAAGUUCCUGUUAUCAUGCAACUGGAGUUGAUAUUUGGUAUCUUAAAAGCUGAUGUUUUUUAUAUCAAAAUACGAAUAAAUAAUAGUAAAUACUAAUAAAUUGAAACAUACAGUACGUUCUCAAGAAUAUUCAAGUAUUUUAUCACUGGUAAAACGGGAGAUAAUAAUUUUUACACCGUUUAAAUUUCAAUUUCUUUAAACGCUGUUUGGGCUCUUUACACAUGUAUUUUUUGCGUAAAAUUAAUAAAUCUGCAUUACUUACCAUCAAUUAUACAUUUGAUCGUUUGGUAUGUAGUAGUAGCGGUCUUCCAUUACACAAGAGAGAAAAUAAUCCUGUACUGUUCAACUAACAAAACUCCGGGUAAUUCUAAGCAAAGUCAAUUUAUUAAGAUAGAACGAGUUUUGUUUGGUGCUUUACAAAUAAUGUCCAUAUUAUAUAAACAUUACUAACAUUAAAUUAAGCGGGAAUUUAAAAUGAAGUUCUAAAGGAAUAUCCUCCAAAUGGCUAAAUUUGUGAUCUAACUCAUGAAUAACAAUGUAAUGGCUAUAGGAAUAAGUUUCAACUAGUAUAAUUAACAACUUAGCAUCCUUGUUUUAAUAACUAAAUGUUUUCGUACGGUACAUACGGAGAUAUGGUCAUGUGUUCAGAUUAAUUGCCUUUGGUAAAGGUGUGCGAAGCAUUUAUAUCUAUUUAUUGACCCACUGGGUGGCAAUACAAAUAUAUUUGUAUAAAUUAGACCGUCCACGAAAUAAGAUUUAUUGAUUUCUGUACGAUUCAGAUUUCGAAUAUUAUAAAUGUUAUAUUUAACAUUUAUACUAAAUUUAAAGAUCGAAUCCUCACAGCACUUUCUAUUUUCAUUGCUUUGCUGUAUAACAAUUGCAAAAUACUGUUUAAAUUUACCAUCUGAGAAUGGUGGGAUCAAUUUUCAUUUAUUUAGAGCAACAUAUUAAAUUAAACACUUACAAUGGGCGAAAUAUGAAUAGAUUUGUGUUACUUCAUUUGAACAUGAGCACUGUUUGAGUUGUCACCCACAUAUAAUUAUAGUCUUGGUGUUUUAUUUACGUGCUUUUCUAGAGUACCUACUUGGUUUAGUAAUUUGUUGUGAUAUCUAUCUUUAAUUAACUUUAAUAAUAAUAAUAAUUAUUAUUAUAUUCCUUCUCUGUGGGGCCAAGUUGUGGUCUUGCUAGCCAAACUACUAACUAUAGGCAAUUUUUAUUUAGGACACAAACUAUUUGCAUUUGUAAUUGUGUUGUGAAUUCCUUGUUUUAGUUUCGAUAAGAACAUUGUUUACUGUUAACAUAUUUUAUUUCAAAUAAUUAUUAAUGAACUCUCAGAAAGUAUAUUUCCUUCCCUCGUUGAACGAAUUAUUCCAUAUGAUCUUGAGCCCUAGAAAACAUUGCGAAAAUAUUAAUUAAGUAGAAUACAUGGUGAUUGAAUUAUAUUGGCUUGAUUGGAAAGCUCGAAAUAAGGGCUUAAAACAUUUUUUUUCCAGUUUAUUUCCAGCGCGUUAGUUGUGAAGCAAGUGUUUGGCAGCAACUGAACUGCUGAUUGGCGAAGUUGUAGAAACAAAAUCAUGAAAAAUUAAUGAGAACAAAAGGUUUUAGUGAAAUACACAUUAUUUUACUAUUUUUGAUGUGAUUUCUAAACACCCUCAGACAAUAUAUGAUAGAUAAACUGCAACAAUUUUACACCUGAAGAAAACAGGUAGUUAUUAAGCAAAUAUGAAGCUUAUCAUAUAGACAGUGGAGGUGUCCUAAUAUACCUACUUUCCGUCAGAUUGAAUUUCGUCAAUAAUUAUGAAUGUUGUCAAUUUUUAAAUACGGACACAAAUAAAACAUUUCAAUAAUGAUUAAGUAAUGUAGCUAUUAAUUUGAUUUUAAAUCUUAUAUUAAUCCUUUUUACAUAAUUAAUUAGGAUUUUAGGAGUUAAUUUGGUAUAACUAUUUGUAAUAUAUUGGCGGGUAACUUUGUUUAUGUA